CACCUCAAUGAUUGAUCAGUAUAUAUCAGCUGAAUUGCCAGACAGAGAUGUAGAUCCUGAAGGUUUUGCAUUGGUCGACCGCCAUAUGAUUCAUGGGCCAUGCGGAAAACGUCGACCAACAUCACCUUGCAUGGACAAGGGAGAGUGCACCAAGGCUUACCCUAAGCCGUUAUCAGAUCAUUCACACAUUGACAAGUCUGGGUUUGUCAGAUACAGAAGGCGAUCAAAUCCCAAGCAUUUAGUCUUGAAGAGCAAUAUUGAGAUAGGGAAUCAGUACGUUGUCCCUCACAACCUCAGUCUCCUUAAAAAAUAUCAGGCCCAUAUCAAUGUUGAAUGGUGCUGCAGAACCAGUGCAAUCAAAUAUCUUUUUAAAUACAUUACAAAAGGUGUUGAUCGAGCUACUGUUCUUUUAAAGGAGGUGGAAAAAAGAGGCGAUGGGAAGGAGAAAAAGAAAGAAGGGGUGGAUGUGGUCAAUGAGAUAGAUAGAUAUAUGGAAUGUCGAUACAUCUCUGCAUGUGAGGCCUCAUGGAGAUUAUUUGCCUUUCAGAUACAUCACAAUCAACCUAAUGUUAUUAAGCUGCCUGUACAUCUACCAGGUCAGCACUAUACUGUCUACGACGAGUCUUCUAACUUAGAAGAAGUUAUUUCAAAAGAAGACAUCGAGAAAACGAUGUUAACUGCAUGGUUUGUAGCAUGUGAAACGUAUGAAGAAGCACGAGACCUGACGUACGUUGAGCUCCCUACUAGGUUCGUUUAUCACACAUCAGGGAAACUAUGGACCCCCAGGAAAACGGGUGGAGCAAUAGGCAGGGUGGUUUACGUCAGUCCAGCGGCCGGUGAUAACUAUUUCUUGCGGAUUUUGGUAAAUGUUGUUAGAGGCCCAAGGUGUUACGAGGACUUAAGAACAGUUGGUGGUGUGGUGUUUAAAAAGUAUAGAGAAGCAUGUUACGCACGCGGUUUGCUUGACGACGACAGAGAGUGGCAUGAUGCUAUAGAGGAGCCAUCAUAUUGGGCUACUGGUCGCCAGCUCAGACGGUUGUUUAUGAUUAUCUUAUUGUUUUGUCGAGUUGUAAAUCCACUGAAGCUUUGGGAACAUACCUGGAAGUUCCUGGCAGAAGACAUCCUCUACACGAAACGCAAAGAAUUCAGAUUCCCAGGUCUUGAGCUCAACGACGACCAGCUGAAGCAAUAUACUCUCAUCGAGCUCGAGCAACUCUUGAAGGAGAAUGAUCAGUCACUUGCGGACUACCCUGACAUUCCAUUGCCUGAUGAUGCUAUUUUGACUGAGAUUUCAAACACAGUGCUGAUGCAGGAGUUGAGUUAUGACAUUCAGCAGGAGAAUGAGACACAUACAGAGUUGUUUGCAUCAAUGAAUCAAGAUCAGAAAAUGGUAUAUCAUGCAGUGCUUCAAUCUGUUGAUAAGCAAUCUGGGCAGUUGUUUUUUGUUAAUGGGGCAGGAGGUACAGGUAAAACAUACCUAUACAGGACCAUCAUCGCAAAGCUUAGAUCAACCAAUAAAGUUGUUAUCCCAGUCGCAUCAUCUGGUGUUGCUGCGCUAUUGCUCCCAGGAGGAAGAACAGCCCAUUCUCGGUUCAAACUGCCGCUUACACUGAGCGAUGUGUCAAUGUGUAAUAUUCCCAAGUGUUCUAUGUUGGCUUCAUUGAUAGCAAAGUCGGAUUUAAUAAUCUGGGACGAAGCUCCGAUGGCCCAUCGCCAAGCAUUUGAGACACUUGACCGUUCACUCCGGGAUUUGUUGAGUCCUUCAGAUCCAACGGCUUCCGACAAACCAUUUGGUGGUAAGACCGUUCUCUUGGGAGGUGAUUUCAGGCAAAUAUUACCAGUCGUGCCUCAAGGAAGACGUCCAGACACAGUCCUUGCAUCAAUCAGCAAAUCUUAUCUAUGGAAAAAGGCAGAAGUUUAUACUCUUUCCAUGAACAUGCGAUUGGAAAAAGAAGAAAGGGAAUUUGCUAAAUGGAUCCUUGAGGUUGGUGAUGGAACAGCUGAUACCAUCCUCUCUCAUACGAGCAGCAAUGAAGAGGGUGAACAAAUUGUUGUGGACCAAAGAUUCAUGAUCCCUUCAACAGAUAAACCACACGAAGCACUAGCAGCUGCGGCAUAUCCUGACUUCCUUCAUAAUUAUCGGAACAAGAAGUACUUGACAGAGAGAGCGGUGCUGACACCUACAAAUAGUACUGUUCAUGAGCUAAAUGCAUACAUGCUGUCCCAAGUUCCCUCACAAGCUAAAGAGUAUUUGAGCUCCGAUUCCGUUGAGCUGGAGGCCACACCAGAAGAUGAUUGGAGUAGCCACUAUACUCAAGAGUAUCUUAAUUCUCUUGAGUUCUCUGGACUGCCUAACCACAGACUAUGCCUGAAGGUGGGGUCCCCGGUGAUGAUGCUGCGUAAUCUUAACCAAGCGUAUGGGUUAUGCAAUGGGACACGGAUGAUAGUCAGUCGUGUAGGUGACAGGAUAGUAGAAGUUGAGAUCAUGACUGGCACACAAGUAGGCAAAACAGUGUUGAUCCCUCGAAUACAGCUUUCUCCUCUUGACACCGUGCAUCCAUUCACGUUUUGCCGCCGUCAGUAUCCUCUGCGCUUAUGCUACGCAAUGACAAUCAAUAAAAGUCAGGGACAAAGUCUCAAACAAGCUGCUUUGUACCUCCCUAGAUCGGUCUUCACCCAUGGCCAGUUGUACGUAGCUUUAUCUAGAGUGACAUCACCAGAGGGGCUUAAGAUAUUAGACGAUUCUUCUGAUUCGGACGGUACGGACGGAGUAAGAAAUAUUGUGUACAAAGAGAUCUUCCAGGGCCUCUGUGACAGAAAGGUUUACAUUCAAGUGAUUUUCUUAAUAUGUCAGUCUCAUACGGAUUGUUUCGACUAAUAACCAAAUCAAAAUGCUUGCAGGGAAAGAAGGCACUGUGGACUUGAACAUCCAAAAAUCAUGUACUUCUACUGCAGUUUUAUUCCACCUUAUGCAGUUCUGUUCUAAUCAAUCAUAUAUCCUUCUCAUUUUCUCUGUUAUUUUCAGUGUGCAACCCUCAUGGAUCAAAUGGUGAGAACACUUUCAUUCCAGUGAUUGGAUCAAGCGUCAAGUAUUAUAACUUCAUAUUCUGUAAAAGACAUUGGCGUGACUGUGAACAUAGUGUUUCUUCUAACACACGCAAUUCAUCCUAUCUGUUAUCAAACUUUUUGAAUUUUUCCACUCAUUUACCCAGUCCUUACAAUUUCAUUAUUACAACUCCAUUUAAUAUUAUCCUCUUUGGUUCCUACUCUAUUAUUCACAGUUUGCAAACAACAUAUUAAAAACAUAUCACUCAACAACAUAUGGAACCCAGAAGAAAAACGUUAACAAGUCAUGGCAUGCAACAAUGUAUUCUAUCACCAAUGUAUUCUCGACUGGAUGCGCUCGAAUAAAAUAUUCUUUACCAUCCUCAUGAAUACUCUACACCUAUUAACCAGGCGGAAUAAAUUGGUAAAUAGUGUUUGAUCAAAAAAAAAUAGAAGUUUAUGAUCUGAAGCACGCAAUGCAUCAUGUUUGUUAUUUACCUUUAAGAUUUUCCACUUUUAUUUUCAGUCAUUACAAUAGCAUUCUAAAAAGUCGAUUUUAUCAAUCCGGUUUAGUUGGCAAACUUAACCGGACAUGUUAUUGUCUUUAAGUAUGUAUAUUAGUUUCGUGAUACUUCUAUUUCACUAAUUCCUUAACAUUAAGUUUUACAAUCAAAUGAACCAAAAUAACAAAUCAGACCGAACAUGAAAUUAAAUAAAAAUUUACAGGUUCAUCAAAACCCCCCGUACUUACAAAAUUGUAUACAUUACUAAAAUGACUCAAACUGCAUCUGAACUCUUAGCAACACUUAUCAAACUCUAGAAAGGCACUGAUCUUAGAACAGCUUACAUAUACUUCUGAGUACACGAUACAGUCGAACACUAAAUAAGUCUACCCCAAAAAAAAAAAAUAUUAGAUGAUAAUAAUCUAGAAAUACUAAAUAUAAAUCUAAUAACAUACAGUGCAGCCUAUUAGAACAUGGCGUUACUCCACUUCCAAAUUUCGCGUAAAAAAACGUCAUUGGGCCUUAUCAACAUGCAGCCCAUAAUGACACGGAUUUAAAAACAUAAUGUCACGAUACGCAACGUUUUGGAUCAGGUUACGCUGGGAUUUCCUCGCGUCUCUAGCUCGAAAGUCGAUUCACCUUGCGCAUCUGACCCUCGGUCUCCUUCAUCGCUCGAACUCAUAAACCGACCAAACAAUCAUCUUUAAUCACCCCCUCCCUAAUUAAUCUAUCAUCCACGAUCUCGAUUCAAUGCGAUGUGCAAGGCGUUAGAGUCGACUAUAAGAAGGUAUGCUUGGUUCUUCUCAUAAACUACAUCUCUUUCGUUUUAAACUAAUCAAAAAAAUACAGUACUAUGGCUGACGAUUUAGUUUUCCUCUCCGAUCUCCAGGCCGGUCACUCAUCCUCCACCGUCGAAGUCCGCUUGCUCCGCUCUUGGGAUGCUAGAACCCUACGCCGUGGUGGAGAACGAAUGAGCGUCGAGAUGCUCUUGCUUGACUCUCAGGUUAUGUUUUACAUCCGCCGUUAGUUUAACGAUUUCCCGACUGAAAACAAAUAUUCAAAUAUUAUAUAUCUACCCGACGAUCAUUUUUUUAUCUUCCUGAUUAAAAUAUAUAAUAUAAAAAAUAUCCAAUAAGAUUUAUUUACAUAUUUACAUCUUCAUACAUAUUUGUUAGAUUUAUUUACAUAUUUACAUCAAAUUUGUUAGAUUGAUUUACAUCAGAUUUGUUAGAUUUGUUGGAUUUAUUUCAAUAAGAUUUGUUAGAUAGUUGUAUGAUAUUUGUUAUAUAUCCUCACGUAAGAAUUGAUAGAUUGAUAGAUAAUUAUAUAUUUAAUCAAUUCUGUGGCACUUUCUUUUAUUCCAUCUGUUUUUGUUAAUUGUAUUUGUGUUUGUUUCAUUUUCAGGCGACCAUGAUGCCGGCUUCUGUGAACGUUAACCGUCUCGCAACGCACCAGACUAAUCUUGAAGCGGGUACGGUUUACUCCCUGACCGGUUUUGAAGUAACAAGGUGUAACCAGGAUUACCGCCUCUCGGACUCUUCUCUACUAAUCCGGUUUACUGACUCCACCACUUUCGAGAAGAUCACUGACCCGGCUGUUCCGAUACCUCUUGAAUCAUUCCGGUUCCGUAACUACAGUGAGAUGCUUCGUCUUGCUAACUCCAACAACCAACUUCCAGAUCUUAUUGGUAAGAUAACUGCUGUCAAGAGUACGAUCACUGAACCUCCUCUGGACAAGAACCGUGUUAGUGCAACCAUCAAGAUGGACAAGUAAGUUUUUAUGAAUUAUGAUGUCUUAACAAUCAUUUUUGGAAAUUGUAACUACAAUAUUCUCACUGUUAUGCCUUCCCACAAUGCAGUGACACAUCUGUGACUUUAACACUCUUUGACGCUCAAGCUGUGAAGAUCCAUAACCAGCUCGCUCAGAUGGCGGUAGAUCCACGAAUUUGCGUUGCAACCAGUGUGAAUCCGAGAAUGGUGGGAGGUAAGCAACCAGUUUAA